AUGGUGAGUGUAGUGCCGAAGGGAUCUUCUAUUCUAGUAGCUGGCCUGGCGGUUCUGCUGGAUCUGAAGACCGAGAUACGUGAGGCUAGUGGAAGUGAUCAACAAAAAAAAGCAUUGUCCAAGGGAAAACGAAUUGGGCCGACCCGCUCCAACGGAACAAUUGGUUUGGGGUUCGCUUCUUCUUCUUCUUCUUCUUCUUCGGUUUAUAAACCCCGCCAGUGGGGGCCAUGCUCUCAAUUGGAAAGGUUAAGCAUCUCACCAGAUUUGAAGGACUUCUCCUCGCUCUCUCUUCUUCUCGAUCCACAGGGAAAUGCGACGCUAGCUGAUAAUUUAUGUAUUGAGGAGGGCCCACCUAUUGAAGGAAAAGGCCAAAGGCUGACCCAUACAAACAGGGACUCAUUGGAAUCUUCAAACAGGGUGGUGGUCGUAAAAUGGCUUGCAAAAUUGUUAUUGAAUUCGAACAAUACAAACGCGUAUUUGUUAUUGACUAACGCGUAUUUGCAGGUGGGUAGGCGUGUGGGUUUCCUCUUUAUGGGAACCCAGCAGGAGCACCGCAGCGGCGGCCACUGAUCAGCCUCCUAGCAUUGCUUCACCGACCCCGUUGCCAUCAAAGGUUGUUCUGUCUCCAAAAAUUGUAAGAUCGAGCGAUGAGAUUUACACGCGUGAAACGGGUUUAAUGCGUGGGGUCAGUAACUUCGAGAGAAACAACAACUUCAAGAAAAACAAUAACGUCAGGGAAACAACGCAGAGAACAAAAAAGAGACAUAAGGUGGGUUUUUCAUUAUUAUGGUGUUGUUCUAAAAGAGAAUAGUAUAUUAUAGACUAGUAUGUGUAUGAUUUCUAGAUUAUAUAAAAGGUAUAUAUAUAUUGGGAUGGAUGGAUCCAUACCUGAUGUCUCUGAACCUUUCUUGUGGUAGUUGUUAUUGUUAGCGAAGAAUGGUUUGGAUAGAAUUACAAUUAAAUUGGGUAAAGUUGAGCUUU